UUUGCUAGAAUCGUCUGGUCUGGCUAUGUGGAUCAAUUAUCAUAACCUAAAAUAUCUAUGUUGCAUUUCUGGAUUUUAACUCUGCAGCAAAGGAAGACGACAGGGACAUGCACAUUACCAACUUAUAAAACGUGGACUGCUCUUAAAGGUUACUUGGAAUCUCAGAUGCCAUGGACUGUAAGGACACCGAGAUGACGGAGACUGAGCCUUCUACGGCGGUAUCUCAGCAAGACCCGAACGAUGUCGUUGAAGAGCUGCUCACUUUUGCUCGUCAGCUCAUCAACGAGGGGAAACCUUCUCAGGCUCUCCAAGCGGUUGUAAUGGCAAUACGUUCCAAAGGUGGGGAUGAAGCUGUGUUUCAGUCUCUGCAUCGUGCACGUGAACUGUAUAGAAACAGGCUACAAGAGAACACUGCUGCUGAUCAACUUGCUGCUCUGUUUGCCGAGUGUGCAAUUGCUGAAGUCCAGCCUUCUAAAGUGGAACCCUCACCACUUAAUGGAGGUGGCCCAUUGGUAGAUGCUCAUGCAAACUCUAUACUUGCAGACACUGGCAGGAUGCAAAUUGUGUUGGAUGCAUUCUCUGAUGGAAGCAGCUUCAUCUGUUUGCAGUGUGGAGGUCUUGUUAGUAAUCAUCGUAAAGAUGAGCAUUAUGCCUACUGGUGUUGCCAACUCUGAUGUGCAGAAAUGUAGAAUUGAGCAUUUCCAUGCAAUGUUCCUUGACAUGCUUGAUUUGCUUAGCUGCCCUACUUCUACAUUUGACUGCAUAAUGCCCUCGAUUCAAGGGCACUUCAUCAAACAAUGUGCCAGAUGUAAUCAUUAUCAUCUGUCAGAACUUCAACUGCUUGGAGUAGAGUCCACAGGCCAUCCAUAGGUAAAAAUUGGGAUGAUGGAGACAAAAAAAAGAAUUUGCAUGUUACGAUAGUUAUAGAAUGUUUACUCUGUUAGAGUGGUUUCAGUGCAUUAUAUGUAAUCUUGUCUUCACGGCAUUUGUUCUCUUCUGAUGGUAUUCAUAUUUUAAUCCAGAUCUUUUUCUCUCA